ACACGUGUUGUCAUAGUUCGCCGUGUUUCUCCCAACAGCUAUAACUUCACAAUAAAACGUAUCCUGGCAACGGCGUUAAAGCGGCGCGCCGUUGUGUUACGUGAAGCGCUGAUGGAAAUGAAGCCGUCGAAACAAGUUGGCGAACACUUUUUUUAAAAAUUUCGAUCCAAGUCAUGUGACCGAUUGGCGCUAACGCGAACCAUAACAACUACGAGGCCAAGGUUCAGCCUUGUUUAUUUGAUCUUUGACGUUAUCUGCACAACAUGGACCCCGAUGGAGACCUAGACCCUGAUACAGAUGACCUCCCACUUCGGGCCAACACCGGCCACAUAUUAGUGAGACACUACGUACUGGACCUGACCGUUGACUUCAACAGAAAGGUCAUCAACGGCAGUGAAGUUUUGUUCCUGGAGCCUAGCCCAGGAGCAGGGGAUGGGCUUGGAACUGGGGAUAAAGAGGAAGCCGGGGAAGGCGAGGUUAAUGCCAAGUUGAGAUACACUGUUGAACAUGUGGAUACAACUCAUGCUGAGUUUGAGGUGGGGACUGACGUGGCAGUGAGGGAUAAAAGGAAUGAAGACAGAGCAGGAGAUGGAGCUGCAGCGGGGACUGUUGAGGGGGAAAAUGCAGCAAUAAGAAACAGGGAAGAAGUUGUUAUAGUCACCGUCGGUACAAAGGAGAUCUUGAUGGCAAAAGAAGAACAUGGGUCUGAAUCUCAGACUCUGUCUGGUGUUAAAGGUCAAGGAGCUGAAACAGUAGAUAUGCCGUGGGACAGGCACUCGCAGAUCGACUCAUCCUUGGAGAGCACCAGUGACGCUGACUUCACCUUGGUGCUAGACUGCUGUGACCUCGCUGUGUCAAAGGUCGAGGAGUUGAACAUCACCUCUGUAUCAGCCGUUUGCAGCCUCCCAGAGAUAGUAACAGGAGAGAGGUCAGAGGUCAACCCAGUCAGCCGAUCAGCAACCCUGAUUCAGAAACUGAUUUCUAUACCUUCAGGCCAGUGGAGGCAGCAGCACCAGCUCUUUGCUGAGUGUAGCCGUGCCCCUGCUUCUGAGGAGGGGGGCACUUUAUGGUUCCAUACAGACCAGUGGAGCCUGCAGGUGAGGAAGGAGAGGGUUGUGACCCCGCAGGAGUUCCCCCGGGCCCUGAGGAUCCUCUAUGAGACAAGGCCGGAGGGAGGCUCUGUCAGGUGGACCACAGAUCAGGACAAGAGGGUUUGUGUUUACACUGCAGGUUCCCCCAUCAACAACCGAGCACUCUUCCCCUGCCAGGAACCGCCUGUUGCCAUGUCAACGUGGCAGGCGAGGGUCCGGGCCCCCAGGGAAUGUGUGGUUCUUAUGAGCGGAGAGAAUCAGGCCAUACCUGUUGAGGAUGAGGAGACAGGUCUCUCAAUCUGGAACUACUACGUCACUAUGCCCAUGCCCGCUUCCACCUUUACCUUGGCAGUGGGUUACUGGCAUCAGGCCAUAGCAAAAUUUCCCUCUGCCAUGGAGGCAGGGCUGCAGGGCAGGAUGGGGUGUGGGGUGUCGGCCAAACCCAGGGCUGGGCCCGGGGCAGGGCCUGCAUCUGGACUCGGGAGCUCUACCAGUGAAGUAAUAAAAGGCUCCACACUCCAGACUGGCAGCUGCUACAGUGGAGAUAUGAUCACCCUAUCAGAUUUUACGAUUGAUUACCCUUGCCUUGAGGAUGAUGGACAUUCUGUAAACGAUAAUGCAGGCAUGGCUGAUGACAGCAUCUCGUGUUCCCAUGGUGACUAUCCUUGCCGAUUCACCGAGCAGCUGGCUUGGUCCCAGCAGGUGGUCCCUCACCGUGUGUUUGCCCCCGUCAGCCUGCUACAGAAGGCUCAGGUCGGGAUUGUCUCUCUGCUGCCCUGCUGCCUGGCUGCAGCCCACGCCGUCCUGGGGGUCCAUCCCUUCCCUCGCCUUGAUGUUCUUAUUGUCCCAGCGGGUUUCUCCAGCCUGGGCAUGGCCAGUCCUCAUAUAGUGUUCCUGUCCCAGAGUGUGCUGAGUGCUGGUGGCCCAGGUGGUAUUGAGGGCGGCCAGUCUCUGCUUGGUUCCCGGCUGUGCCAUGAGUUGGCCCACUCCUGGUUCGGCCUGGCUAUAGGCGCCAGAGACUGGACCGAGGAGUGGCUCAGCGAGGGCUUUGCCACCUACUUGGAGGACAUCAUCUGGGCACAAGCGCAGAAGCUCUCUCCACAAGAUGCGGUGGAGCAGUAUGAUCUGAAGGCCCUGCUGAGAUGGAGACGACUCUCUGACGAGGCGCAGAACUUAGAGGAGGAGCUUCAGGUCCUCAGGCCCAACACGGACAACACUGGACGGGUCAGUGAGUCCGGCUCUUCCGUUGUUAAGCACGCCCUCAACCCCGGCAAGACGUUCAUGCAAAUCCACUACCUCAAGGGCUACUUCCUGCUCAGGUUCCUGGCCAGUAAAGUAGGAGAGCCGCAGUUUAUUGCCUUCUUCAGAUUGUUUGUGAAGAAAUACCACGGGCAACUCAUUCUCUCUCAGGACUUCUUGCGAAUGCUGCUGACUACGUUUCCCGACUCGGCGAGGGAAGGCCUCACCCUCACCACUGUUUAUACUGACUGGCUGGACCGGCCAGGAAUUCCGAAGGUCAGACACCGCUGGUGUGAGCUGGUGGUCAAACAUGGCUACUCUCAAGCAUACAGAGAUGUGGAACACUUCUUGGUUAAUGACCAGGCCAUGGGUGUGUAUCUGUAUGGGGAGCUGAUGCUACAGGAAGACCCUGAACAGCAGGCUCUGGCCCAUCGCUGUCUCACGUUGGUUCGGGAGGAACUGGACCAGUCUGCCCGCAAGGUGGUGGAGGAGAUGAUCCUAUGACAUUUGCAGGUUUGUUGACUAUGGCCGGAGACGACCGGAUCUUGGCAAAUAAGAGACCUGGGAGGCUCCAGCGUGCUGCUCCUCCGCCUCUGGAGGAGGCCCAAUGCAACGAAAACCACCAGCAACCGCACAGCCUCGUUCGACACGACACCAGGCCGUUGCGUUCGCACUCAGUACCGAAUGCAAGGUUGUACUGCGGGACAAAGCGGCAUCGGUCGGUCUUCCGGGCCUGUGUGGCUUCAGGAGAAACCAUUACAAAAAAAUCUAAUUGAAUCUUCACAACGUUCCUGAACAGUGUCGGUGAUGCUGAUGAGUGGAAAUGAGGAAAGUCGUAUUUCCAGCCACGUUUAAGUCGAGCUGGCUUGUCUGUGUAUCCACGUGUGCAAAAUUUGUGUUUAGUCUGAGGCGAUGACGCGAUUCUACGCGUUUAGCCUUGAAACACUUCCAGGUGAGUCAUGUUUUCCUACGCAACUUAUUACUUCAGCCUGCCUCGUAAUCACAAGCUGUGGAAAAUACACGAGACGAGAUAGUCCGCUGUCAGCGCUUUCCUACAUGUGAAUUAUAUUCCUGUCAGCUACUAUGCCUGCACAGUGUUGCGCACCAGGGAUGUGGAGCCUUUUUUUUUUUUGGUUUUCCUCUGAAUGAGUUCAUAGUGAAAACUCUUUAUAAUGGCAUUUAUGUAAAGUGGCACAAUAAAGAAAUUGAA